AUGUGGCUUCUGGUCUUCAUCUGCGUGUCGACAGGUAAUGUUACUGUCACGUUCAUGUUUGAUGUGCCACAGCCAGCCUCUACUGAAUCUCUGAAAGGUGGGAAUGUUUCCAGCUUGCUUGAGCCACCACAGAGACACAGUGCAGAAACCUUAGAGGAGCUUCAGGAGGACAUGACUGUCCAAGAGGGAGACAUUUUGAUUCCGGAGGACAGGAAUGCUGUGGAGACUCUGUGGCUGGACGCCAUCGUACCUUACACCAUCAGUGAUGAAGUGGCUGAUCGAGAGUCAAACAUCUACACCGCCUUCAAAAUGAUAUCUGACUUCACCUGUAUUCGCUUCCAAAGACACACCACAGAGCUGAACUACCUGAAGUUCCUCAACGGCAAAGGCUGUGCGUCCUCCGUCGGCUGUCGAGGAGGACCCCAGGUAGUGUAUUAUGCUCGGUCAUGUAGUGUGGGGAACCUUUGCCAUGAGAUCGUCCAUGCACUGGGAUUGCAUCAUGAGCACACCCGCAAGGACCGGGAUCAGUACAUCACUGUGCAGUGGCAGAGCAUCAUGCCAGGGAGACAAAAGAACUUCAAGACGAAACGUGGGAACACUCUGAACCUGCCGUAUGACAUUAACUCCAUAAUGCAUUAUGGGUCGUAUUUCUUCAGUGUAGAUGGAAGUCCGACGAUGCUGCCCAAGCAGAGUGGAGUGCAGAUGGGUCAGAGGACACAUCUCAGCCAGCUGGACAUACAGAGACUGAACAGACUCUACCACUGUGGUAACAACCUGUAA